AUGGCAAAGUUUAGUUCUUGUUAUGGGAAGGAUUUUCUUUUUGUUCUUCUUUUACUAUCAAAUAUUUCCUUUCAAGUUGCAACAUGUGGCUCCAUAGUCAAGUUUCUACCUGGAUUCAAUGGUCCCCUUCCUUUUGUUCUUGAAACUGGGUAUGUGGGAGUAGGAGAAAAAGAUGAUGUGCAAGUGUUUUAUUAUUUCAUUGAAUCAGAGAAUAAUCCAAAGGAAGAUCCUCUCAUGCUUUGGCUAACUGGUGGACCUGGUUGCUCUGCUUUGUCUGGUCUUGUCUUUGAAAUUGGUCCACUUGAAUUUAGAAGGGAAGAAUAUAAUGGGAGUUUGCCUAAUCUGAUAUUGAAACCACACUCAUGGACAAAGGUGAGUAGCAUUAUAUUUGUAGAUUUGCCUGUUAACACAGGCUUUACAUAUGCCACAACAAAUUCCAGUUCAGAACGAAGCGAUUCAAUACUAGUUCAUCAAACUCAUCAAUUUCUCAGAAAGUGGUUAAUUGAUCAUUCAAAAUUCGAAUCAAAUAAAAUUUAUAUCGGUGGUGAUUCAUACUCGGGCAUUCCUGUUCCCGGAAUCGUUCAAGAAAUUGUCCAAGGAAAUGAAGAAGGUGUCCAACCAUGGAUUAAUCUUCAGGGAUAUUUGUUGGGGAAUGCUGUAACAACUAGGAAGGAAAGCAAUUAUGCAAUCUCUUUUGCUCAUGGAAUGGGACUCAUCUCUGAUGAACUAUACAAAUCACUCCAAAUAAAUUGUAAAGGCGAUUACAUAAAUGUAGAAAGCAGAAAUAUUUUAUGUUCUAAAGAUAUCAGAAUAUACGAAGAGGCUAUAUCAGGGCUUAAUGCAGCUCAUAUUUUAGACCCAAAAUGUGAAUGGCUUAAUGAAGUUGAAAAAUUUGAGAGAAAAUCUCUAAUUGAAUAUCCCUCCAACUUCCUCACUUCAAAUCUUAGGUUGCCUCCCUUGAGUUGUCGGAGUUAUCCAUAUUUUCUUUGCGGUUUUUGGACUAAUGAUGACAAUGUUCGUAAAGCACUGCACAUACGUAAGGGUAGUAUGGGAAAAUGGCAUCGUUGUAGCUCUGAUAUACCUCAUGAGAAGGAUAUAUUUAACAGUUAUGAUUAUCAUGUAAAUCUCAGUAAAAAGGGCAUUCGUUCACUAAUUUACAGUGGAGAUCAUGACCUAUUAGUUCCAUUCUUGGGGACACAAGCUUGGAUAAGAUCUUUAAAUUAUUCCAUUGUUGAUGAAUGGAGACAGUGGUAUACAAAUGACCAAGUUGCAGGAUAUACACGGACUUACUCCAAUCAGAUGACAUUUGCAACUGUGAAGGGUGGAGGACACACAGCUCCGGAGUUUCGUCCUAAAGAAUGUUUUGACAUGUAUAGUAGAUGGAUAUCUAACAACACUUUAUAG